GUCAGUGUCUCUAAUCUGAAGGAUUCCUCUCAUAUACCAUAGCUUUUUCGGGGUCAUGUCUCAAACAUAGCCUCAUAUCACCUAAAAUCGCGGAAAGAACCAUGGGAUCUUCCAUUAAUAUUCCAUGAGACACGGCGUGUUCGAACAACGAGACCAACUAUUUCGUCGCGACAUCGACAAGGGCAUUGCAGGGGUAUCAGUGAGAUUAUUUCCUUUCAGACGACGGGAUAGCUUCAGACUGGGCAAUCCUAUGGGCUGCUCAGGACAGCUUCUAAGCUAUAAAAGGACCGUACCUCGCCUGUGAGCAUCUUGUCUGCAUAACAGCCAUCUUAUCAACCCCUUUCCCUCCAUAAUUGCCAAAUCCAAAGCCCCAAUAUAUGACAACGCCAACGGGCAGAAGCACCAAGAUGGUUGCCCACCCUUGCAUUCUCAUCAACGAACGAGACGCCCUCAUGGAAACAAUUUGCAAGCAGAAAUGCUUUAUCUACCACUGCUCUACCGGACUAAAAAUCUUCGUCGAGCGUUAUAACGAUGUCGUUAAACAGCUCGAGCAACUCCAGCAGAAAGACACCGCGCGAGAGCGAGAGCAACAGCGACAGGCGACCACUACCUAUCCUACCCCUCCCGGACAGGCGAAUUUCUAUCCUACCCCCCCUGGGCAGGCGCAGAGUCUUUCCCCGAGCUCCAAGCAUCAGAGUACCGAUGUGGAUGAUUUCGAUGAAAACGAUUACCUACUUCCCGAGGGUUACGACCCUGCUUACGUCUGGAAAUUCUAUAGCGAGAGCGAGGAUGGCGAUAACGACGAAUACGAGAGCGAGAGCGAGGGCGAGGAAUGCGUCAAUGACCACUUGCCGGAGCGCAUGUGUGUUAGACGUGACUGCCACCAGUUUGGAUUCUGUCGCGAGCAUGAGUUGAGUGCUGUGUGUGUCUGCAACGGAGGCCCGUAGCUGCUGCUACUGUGGUAAGAGAUCGACAAAUAUUUUGUUAUUUCUGCUUUGUUUAUUGCUUUUUGACUGCUUAAUACUCUGAUAUUGUUCUGUUUCCGCUGGUGUUCGUGAGGUUGCUGUGUUGGAAUAUUGGGUAGACUGGAUAGACAUUUGUGAUUUCGGUUUCUGCUCUGUCUGUUGCCUUCGAUUUAUACUUUUGUUUUUGCUUUUUUCUUUC